AUGGCUUUCCCCGCCGCCGGUCGUCACCGCCCACAGCAAAUGUUUGCCAUGCAGCGCCGUGCCGCCAUGACCGUAAGCCCAGCCGUGGGAGAAAACUUUAUCGAUCCAAAGUUUGAGGAGCGGAGGAAUGCUGUACCACUGCAUCG